GGGCUGAAAAGAGCUGGACAGGAAGACAGAGCAUCAGUCUGUGACGGGACCGGGACCGGAGCCAUGAAGCUGCAUGGGCUGAACUCGCUGCUCGUGUCUCUGCCUGCGAUGACGGUGAUGAUGAUGAUAAUGAUGAAGGCUCCAGCUGCAUCACAGCAGAACUUCUGCCUGAACUCGACAGUGUUGAGGACUUGGACCGCCUGUCACUCCUGUCGCAUCACUGCGCUGAUCCAGUGUCCCCUUGGGUUUAGACGGACUCUUGGCGCCGUGGCUAACAACUGCAGCUACCACGUCAGAACCGCCAGUCUGAAGAUCACCCUCAGCGGCUGCUCCUUCGAGUGCUACAGAGAGGAGGAGGUGAAGAGCUGCUGUCCCGGUUACUGGGGUCCAGAUUGUGUCGAGUGUCCGGAUCAGGCCCACGCACCCUGCAGCAACAGAGGAGUGUGUUCUGAUGGACUGGGAGGAAACGGGACCUGCGCCUGUCAGGUGGGUUUUACAGGAACUGCGUGUGAGGAUUGUUCCCCGGAUCGAUACGGUUCCACCUGCACCUCAGAAUGCACCUGUGUCCAUGGUCUGUGUAACUCUGGACUCAAAGGUGACGGAAGAUGCACCUGCUUCUCUGGAUAUAAAGGUCCAAACUGUGACCAAGAGCUCCCUGAGUGUGCGGCUCUCGGCUGCCAGCAGAACGCCCGCUGCAUGGAGCAGGCUGUGAGCGGACGGCUGGUGUGCGAGUGUUUGCCCGGGUACCAGCGUUCUGCAGAUCAGUGUUUAUCUGUUAACCCGUGUCUUCAGAGCGUCUGUCACGCCCGCGCCUCCUGCCUCCACACGGGUCCGAACCAGCACCGCUGUGUCUGCAAAGAGGGCUACAGUGGCGACGGCCGGGUCUGCGUGAGCAUCGAUCCAUGUCAGACUGGACAGGGAGGCUGCUCCGAGUCCACCCGAUGCGUCUACGAUGGACCGGGACAGUCCCACUGCGAGUGUCUUCCUGGCUUUGAAAAGCUGCUGAAUGGUGUCUGCAGCGUGAGGGACUCGUGUAGACCCGAUUCCUGUCACCAGAAUGCCAACUGUACCACCGUGGGCCCAGGAAGAGUCCAGUGCACCUGUCUGCAGGGCUACGUCGGCAGCGGUAAAGUCUGUUAUGGGAACCUCGUCCAGCGCCUGAACGAGCUCAACACCGACCCCAGAGGCCAGUGGACCGGUCAGCUGAGCAACGCCAUCGCUCUGUUCGCUUCCAUCUCGUGGCCUCUGCAGAAUUUGGGUCCUUUCACUGUUUUUGUCCCCAUCAACAGAGGCUUUAAAGACGUGUCGGUGAGGACUCUGGCAGCAGACGUGAACAAGGCCAAGUACCUGUGUAAGCUGCACCUGGUGGCCGGCGUGGUCCCGUCCCACGCCCUGAGGAGCUUCAGCGUCUUCUACACGCUGACGGGGAAGUCAGCGGAGACGGAGGUGUCCGAGGACAAGGAGACAAGAAUCCGGAUUCACGGCAGCAGGCAGAAAGGCAGCAUCCUCCAGUCGGAUCUGGUCGCCUCCAACGGGAUGAUCCACAUCAUCUCCAAGCUGAUGGACAGCGUGUCGCCCACGGUGGAGAGCGACCCUGAGGAAAACCUGAUGAAGAUCAUCUCUAACUAUGAUAAAUUUGACAAGUUUAGAUCUUUGUUGGAGAAAACGGACCUGGCGCCUGUGGUGGACCUUCCUGGACCCAUCACUGCCUUCGCUCCCUGCAGCGCGGCCUUUGAAGCCAUGGCCGCUGGACACCUACAGUACCUGAGCAGCUCUGACGGCCGCAACAAGCUGCUGGAGCUGAUGAGGAACCACGUUGUCCCCUCCACCAGCCUGGAUGUCCUUAACCUCGUGUCCAGUCCCAGAAUCGUGACCAUGGCCAAUCAGGUUCUGACCGUCAACGUGACUGAAAACGGCCAGAUCCUGGUCGACGGAGCCGCCGUGCUGGAAGCAGCCGUCCAAGCUAAGAACGGACGUCUGUAUGUCCUGGACCGGGUCUUGGUUCCGGCCUCUAUUCAGCCUGUGCUGCCCCACAGGUGUGACCUGUCUCAGAGGCAGAUUGUGGAGAGUGAAUGUGUGAGCUGCUCAAAGCUGCAGGUGUCCCGGUGUCCGUCGGGCAGCGUUCACACGGGUUCUUCCUUUGGAUGCCUUUACUUAUUGUCUACUGGUGACUCGCGGCUGAUGUUCCCUGCCAAAGGCUGCUCCCUGCUCUGCAACACAACAGUGACGACUCCAGCAUGUUGUGCGGGUUUCUACGGUCCAGACUGCAGUCCCUGUCCUGGCGGCUUCCAGAGUCCGUGCUCGGGUCACGGUCAGUGUGUGGAGGGGAUUAAAGGGAACGGAUCGUGUAUCUGUGAUCCAAACUUCAGUGGGUCCCGCUGUCAGUACUGUGCCUCCUCCACCAAAUACGGACCCAAGUGUGACAGAACCUGUCCCUGUGUCCACGGACAGUGUGAGAGCCGCCCGGACUCGGACGGGCGCUGUAAACCGGACUCCUGCCAGCAGGGGUUCACGGGUCGGUUCUGUGAACGCAAGACGGCGGCGUGCGGCGCCCGCAUCCAGUUCUGCCACGCCCACGCAGACUGUGACUUCAGCCAGACGAGCCCACGAUGUGUGUGCAAACCCGGUUACCAAGGCGACGGCAUCACCUGUGUGGAGUCUGACCCGUGUGCUCCGCCUCUCAGGGGCGGCUGCAGCGUGAACGCGAAGUGUGUGCAGACAGGACCAGCGACGCACACGUGUCAGUGUCUGAGGGGAUGGAGGGAGGACGGGGACGACUGCCAGCCAAUCAACAACUGCAAUAGCCCCGACCGAGGAGGCUGCCACCCCAGUGCCACCUGCAUCUACAUUGGACCUGGACAGAGCGACUGUAGCUGUAAACUCGGCUACAAGGGAAACGGGUUCGAGUGUGAAGCCGUGAACCAGUGUGUCACCGCAGACGGGGGCUGUCACUACUGGGCCAGCUGUCUGCUGCGCUCGUCCCAGUGGACGUGCGUCUGCGAUGAAGGAUACGUGGGAGACGGGCGUGCGUGUUACGGGUCUGUGGAGCAGGGGCUGAUGGCGCUGCCCGAUGCCUCAGACUUCUCGGGCUGGGUCACGGAUUCUGGGAUGUCUGAGUCUCUGCUGGAUCAGAACAUCACCCUCUUGGUUCCGUCUUCAGCUGCUGUUGCUAAAAUGUCUUCAGAGGAUAAAAGCUUCUGGACCAUGAAGGGAAACCUGCCCAGUCUGAUCAGGAAUCACAUGAUUCCAGGGAACGUUCCGCUGUCGUUCCUAAGCAACGUGUCCUCCCUGACCUCCCUUCUCAAGACCACACUUCCAGUUCGGACGGACGGGAACCAGCUCACCGAUGUUGGUGGCGCCGCCGUCACAAUGUCCAACAUACCGGCAACCAACGGACUGAUCCACGUCAUCGACAAGGUUCUGGUUCCGGACAGGAAGCUGAGCGAAGGCCUGCUCGCAAUGCUGUCUCUGAGACCCGAGUUCUCCCUCUUCAGAUCAUAUCUCAUCAACUACAACCUGACGGAGGAAAUCGAACGGGCCAGCGAGUUCACGGUCUUUGCUCCGACAGAUGGAGCCAUCAAGCAUUACCUCAGUCAUGUGGCAGCAGAUGCUCUGGACAUCAACACGACCCGGUACCAUGUGAUUCUGGCUCAGCGUCUGUUGAAGACUGACCUACAGUUGAGUGGAUACAAGCAGACAAUGCUCGGGUUCUCCUUCCAGUUGGGAUUUUUCCCUCGAGACGGAAAGCUGUUUGUGAACGAUGCUCUGCUGAACUCUACCAACAUCCUGAGCGGUAAAGGCGUGAUCCAUGGCCUGUCAGCGGUUCUGGAGAUCAACUGGAACCGCUGUGACCAGACUUCCUACCAGAAACUCGUGGGAGCGUGUGAGGACUGUUUGCUCCCACGCAGAAGCUCCUGCCUCAAAGGCACCGACCCAGACUUUUCAGUGGCGAGGAAGAAAUGUAUGUACCUGAGGAUGUUCGAGGGCGAGCGGCUGCUGAUCUCCGGCUGCAGAACCACCUGCCUGCGGCCCAAAGUUGAAGCGCGGUGCUGUGGCGGCUACUUUGGAGAGCACUGUGAGCCGUGUCCCGGUCCGAAGGGGAAGCCCUGCUACGGUAACGGGGCGUGUUUGGACGGGACCCGCGGCACCGGAGUCUGUCUGUGCAACAGAGGCUUCAACGGGACGGCCUGCGAGACCUGCGAGGGCGGGAAGUAUGGAGUCCACUGUGACCAAGACUGCCACUGUCAGAACGGACGCUGCAGUGACGGGGUUCGAGGCGACGGGACGUGUGAGUGUGACGUUGGCUGGAGAGGAGUCUUCUGCGAUGAAAGUAAGAGUCUGUCUGAACCGGACCCGGCGCUGAGGGUUACGCAUCUUUCCUCCCAUAAUCGUUUCUGUGUCCGCUGCCUUUUAGAGGUUGAAUCCAGAGCUGACCAACUGUGCGGCUCAUUUAAAUGUCACACCAGCGCAAACUGUGUGUUUCAGACAUCCGGACCUCGGUGUCUCUGUGCUGCUGGAUUUGAGGGAGACGGAACCGUCUGUGAAGCCAAAGACCCGUGUCUGGUGGACAACGGCGGCUGCAGCCCGGACGGCGUCUGUAAGAGAACCCGACCCGGACGGAGAGACUGCGUGUGUAACAGCGGCUUCUCUGGGGACGGACUCGUGUGUGUCGGCAUCAACCCGUGUCUGGAGGGAAACGGAGGCUGCCACGUCCACGCAGACUGUGUUCACGUUGGACCAAACCGAACGUCCUGUGCCUGUAAAGAAGGUUACUCAGGGGAUGGAAGCAGCUGUGAGAUGAUCAACUUGUGUCUAAAGAGAAACGGUGGCUGUCACCGGAAGGCGUGGUGUAACAUGACGGGACCAGGAGCAGCCAACUGCACGUGUAACAACGGCUUCGUGGGCGACGGCCUGGUCUGCAGAGGCACUGUGAUGCAGGAACUCCUGACGAGGAAGCUGGGAGGCUUCCAACUGGGCCUGAUGGAUGCGUCCAUUUCACUGAGCGGUCGGGGCCCUUUCACCGUUUUUGUUCCGAGUUCCAGGGCCUACAGGAACGUGAACGUAAAGAUGAGGACCCUGCUGCGGAGAAACCGAGAGAAAUUCGCCAGCGUUCUGCGGAGCCACAUCGUCAUGGGUCACACUCUGCUGCCCGCCGACCUGAACCCGCCCCGGAACCUGACCACUCUGUCUGGACUCGUGCUGACCACCGGGUCCCGUCAGGGGGUCAUCACUGUCAACGAGGCCAAUGUCACGUACAGCGACGGCGUCAGCACCAACGGGAUUCUACACGAGAUCAACAGGGUCCUGUUCCUUCCCGACGUGUACGAAGACAAGAGGCCGCUGAACCUGAGCGACGUGGCCGACGGCUAUAGAACCUUCUACAAACUGCUCGAGGACACGGGCGUGAUGAAGCAGCUGAACGACAGGCUGCUCCAACCAGUCACCGUGUUCAUGCCUUCAGACGGCGUCAUGGCAGCUCUGCCUCAGGAGCAGAGGGACUUCCUGUUUCACCAACACAACCGAGCCCAGCUGGUGGAGUACCUGAAGUACCACGUCCUGCAGAAGCAGAUGACGUACGCCGAAGGUCUGGUCCAUCUGGACUCGGCUCAGACUCUGCAGGGCUCCUCGCUCUCCUUCUCCGCUGGCAGCUCAGACAGCAUCGGAGAGAUCUUUGUCAACGAUGGAAACUGCCGGAUCGUUCAGAGACACCUCGCCUUCAGCCAUGGGAUGGCGUACGGGAUCGACUGUCUGCUGACUCCACCCAGCCUGGGAGGACGCUGCGACCAGGAGUCCACCUUUGAACUGAGGAUGAGCUGUGAGCAGUGCAAGCCUCUGGUCUCCCCGUGUCCCAAAGGGGCCGUAGUCAAGGAGAUAGAGAAGUGCGACCUCCCCUCCAUGUUUGUGGGUAAAAACCUGGGCUGUCGAGGCGUCUGCACGGUCCUCUUUUGGCAGCCGAAGUGUUGCCGUGGUUACUUUGGACGAGACUGUCUGGUCUGUCCCGGGGGCGUGGGCUCUGUGUGCAGCGGACGUGGGAAGUGUGACGACGGUCACCUGGGUAACGGUACCUGUACCUGUGAGACGGGUUUUGGGGGUGUGGCUUGUGAGCUGUGCAGUGACGGCUUCUAUGGACCCACCUGUAGAGCCUGCAACUGUUCAGAACACGGGUCGUGUGACGAUGGUCGCAGAGGAACUGGUCAGUGUUUCUGUGAGCCUGGGUGGACGGGGGACAGAUGUGACACACCGCAAGCUGAGAUCUUCACGUGUUCUCCGCCCUGUUCCCCUAAAGCCGUCUGCCAGGACAACAACACGUGUGUGUGUCGGCCGUUUUAUGACGGCGAUGGCGUCACCUGUGCAGUGGUGGACAUGUGUCAGGUCUGGAACGGCGGCUGUGCCGAAGGCGCCAAAUGCUCUCAGGACGGCGAGCGGGUGAGCUGCACCUGUCCCAAAGGUCACACUGGAGACGGCUUCUCCUGUCAGCCCAUCGACCCCUGCGCCUCCGGGGACAACGGAGGCUGCCACGAGCACGCCACCUGCACCAUGACGGCUCCGGGCAAGAAACGGUGCGCGUGCAAAGACGCCUACAUCGGCGACGGCGUGAGCUGCGAGGUCAAACAGCUGCCCGUCAGCCGCUGUCUCCAGGACAACGGACAAUGUCACGAAGACGCCAAGUGUACCGACCUGCACUUUGAAGAUGCGACACUCGGUGUGUUUCACCAUCGUUCAGAUAAAGGCCAGUACAAACUGACCUUCGCUGCAGCGGAGCAGGCCUGCAUUGCCAGCGGAGGUGCCCUGGCCACGUACACUCAGCUGUCCUACGCUCAACAGGGCGGGUUGAACAUGUGUGCCGCUGGCUGGCUGCACGGGGCUCGCGUGGCCUACCCCACCACCUACUCCAACCCCAAGUGCGGCUUUGGCCACGUGGGCAUCGUGGACUACGGCGUCCGCAAGAACCUGAGCGAGGCCUGGGACGCGUUCUGCUACUGGAUGAAGGAGGUCCGGUGUGAGUGUCGGCCCGGCUACGUGGGAAACGGCGUCACCUGCACAGGAAACCUGCUGCAGGUCCUCCGCUCCACCCCGACCUUCUCCAGCUUCCUCACACAAGUCCUGAACUACUCUGAGGCGUCGGAUUCCGGGAGACGCUUUGUGAGGCGGCUCAGCAACCUGACGGUCCAGUCCACGCUGUUCGUGCCUGACAACAGUGGCCUGGCCGGCAACCAGACCCUGUCUCAGCGGGACGUGGAGUUCCACCUGUCGGAGGGCCAGGCUCUGCCUCUCAGCCAGCUGAAGAACGGCAGUCGGAUCCGCACUCGAGUGGGCGUUCUGACGGUGGUUGGAGUCGCAGACCUGCUGGACCCCACGGCUCUGUCGUCUCGUUACAUCAACGGUCGCUUUGUCACCAGCUCUGACAUCCUGGCGUCAAACGGCAUCAUCCACGUCCUGCAGGCGCCGCUGAAGGCUCCGCCCCCAAAGCAGCAGAUGCCGGUGGCUCACAGAGCCGGGACGGGCGUCGGCGUGGUGCUGCUGGUUCUGCUGCUGGUUGGAGCUGGGUUCGUCGGAUACCACUUCUACAGACGCAGCACCAAACCCUUCAGGUUCCACUACUUCAAGGAUGAUGAUGAGGAGGAGGAGGAGGCUUCAGCUGCACACAGCAGCCGCAGCAUCUCUAACCCGGUUUAUGAAGCAGCUUCAGAACCGGCAGAGUCCAGCCCAUCUCACGUGGCAGCAGAGGACAAACACGAGGUGGUGAACGGAGGAACGUACGACCUGCUACAGGACAGCUAAGAGGGAAACCACUGGACCGGAACCAUCGCACCCGCUUCGGUACCACUUUGGAGCCAUUGUUUCCUGACCCGUUUUAAACCAAAGUCACUGAUCUACAGUACUUCAUCUAUAUGUUCCUGCAAGAUUGCUGCAUCCUACUCGAAUCGGGUUCUGUUCUGGGUGUCCCGGCCCAAGGAUUCUGGACCAGCUCCAGACCUCUGGAGAGCAGGUCAACCUCUGAACUGGCUGUUUUAUGAUCAAAGCUGAAAACUCAGCUUGCAUAUGAACCUAUCCAAGGAUGACAUGGCUCAUCUGUUUUAUUUUUAUGUUAGUGUUUAUUAGCUCCUCCCGUGUUUUUGUCUUGUUUCCGUUUAUUGUAGAUGAACCUGUUCUUGGCAGUAGGUCAUUGUGUGGCGCUACAUGAAUGCAGUUUGAUUCAUCUUCUCUGCUUAGACUCACCAGAUUUCUUCUUGCUUUCCUCCCAAUGUGUUACUAGUAUCUUUGAACCUGAAGCUGCUGUUGUUUGUUUUUUUGGGAUUACAGAUUUAUUUUUCAUUUUCUGUAGUUCAGAUGAUGAACAUGAUGUAAAGUAGUGGAAGUAUUUAUGUAUUGGUCAGAGGCAGGUGAGGGACUGUGCCACUCCUCCAUAUAUAACAUGGCCUCACAGCCUGUACCAGCCACACCCCCUAACCCUGACCCCCCAACACACACACACACACACACACACACACACACACACACACACACACACACACACACACACACACACACACACGUAUGUAAUCAUGACCGGUUGAAUCUUAUAAAAUGAGAAAAAAUGUGAACAUAAGUAAAAAAGUCCAUUUUGUAUAGUAGAAACAUUUACAAUGUUGAGAUCUUUAUUGAUGUAAUGUUGUAAAUAUGAGAUUAGCUGUGGUGUAACAUUCAAUGAAAACAUGUUGGAAAGUAUCAGAUUAGAGAAUAAAGGCGAGCAUCAUCUACCACGAAAA